UUUAUUUGAUAUUGCUGCAUCAUGGAUCUAGCUGGAUAUAUUUCUUUUGAAUACAUUUCCUGCAACACAAUUUUAACGAGUAUUUUUUUGUUGUUGUAAAAAUAACGAAAACAGUUGACAAGUGUAAGCAAGAUUGGUCUUGUUUUUAUUCGUUUGGUACAGGUCAAGACCGUCUUCUUGGUAUACAUACUUAAACUGUAAUAUAUACGACUCUUGCUAUCAUUGUACAGUUAUAUACAGCAACAUAUGAUAUAUGUUGAGUUGAAAUGAAAUGGCAAAGUUACCUGAGUCUUUUAAAACUUGCACUGGAGUUCCGUACUGGGUGCCGACUAGUUACCGGAUAGGAAUAUGUACCGGACAAACAUAAUAACGGCUUUAUUGCGAUUAUAUCGGAGUUAUCGGAUAAUUGGAAAUCUUAUCAUUUUGUUUUGACUGUCAUAUUUUCAGCAUUGAUUGACAAAUAAGUGUUAAUGAUGAAUAUCGUACCAGUCCUCACCUAUGUUUACAAAACUGCUGUCCCCUUUGAGGAAUUGGAAUGGCAGUGCGCAUGCGCAACUUUUUUAUUUUUAGGGGUACCAAGUGGGACUCGAACAAUCAUAGUACAGACACGACAGUUUUCUUUUUGAUUCAUUCCUCACAGGCAAAAGAGAAAUUGGUUCAUAUAUUGCAUGAGAUGUUACUGAUAUAUGAAAUCAAACGAAAUGGAGCGGAAAGGAAAUAUUGAUAUAUUAGAUGAAACAAAAGAUGACGUGGUGACACCCAGAAAAACUAACGGAGAAAGUGACAGACUAAAGGGUAAUAUAGAUAUAAUUGAUGAGACAACAGACAUAAUUUGUGAGAAAAACGUGAAAGAUGAACAUCUUAAAGUAUCUUCAGGUAAUUGCAGUAAAAUUGUUAUUGAUCCUUUAGAUGAGGGAAAAUAUCAGAUGGUGACAUCCAAUCCCAAGAACAGUAACGAUAAUAUCGGACUAAAUAUUAAUGUGUGUACAUUUGAUGAGGAAAAAGAAAAAGUUAAACAUGUAAAAGAAUUACCACAAAGUGACAGAGAAACUGGCAGAAAUUCUAAUCAUUGUGCUAAAGAUGAAAAUCAGUUUGAGCAGACUUCUGGGGAAGGAGCAUUCAAAGGACAUGUAAAUAAUGAAACAGAUACAACAGCUAAAAUCUGGACACAACAGAAAGAUAGAAUUUUAAAUGUUAAUAAAGACACCUAUGAAAACAUUCUGAACCCUGACGUUGAUAACGGUAACAUCAGCGCAGACUGUGAAGAAACAUCUGCAGACUUCAGUCAAAAAGAGCAGUUCAAUAAGGAUCAUAUAGAAAGUUAUGUCGAUAGUUUUAAGCACAAAAAUCUUAAUGAUAAACAAGAAAGACGGUUGAACCCCUUUGAUCAAAAACGAUCACCAGCUGUUUCAACUACACAUAUGAAAGUGUCAUUGGAGCCUGAAAGUUCUUCUGUUGGUCCGGAAGAGAAAGCGUCAGAUAUUUGCUCAGAUCCAUGCGAUUUUUGUGAGAGGACCUCAGAUUAUAUGUGCAAGUAUUGUAAAUACUUCUACUGCAAAGAGUGUCUUGAUAAGCUUCAUCCGGCGCUCGGGCCGUAUAAGUCCCACCGAGUCAUUCCAACAAAUGGAGGAAUUGUAAUUGAACAUCAUGAAAAAUGUUCAGACCACGGUUUGGUAGCACAAUUAUUUUGCUCUUACUGUGAACAAAAACGGUGUGCAGAAUGUGCCAACACAAGAUGUUACCUUCAUUUCAAGGGAAAAGUGAGUGAGGCUGAUAUUGAAAGAGAAAAGGCAAUACUGGUUGAUGAAUUAGAAAAAGCAACUGCGAAGUUAGGAUUUUUGGACAGAUACAAAGAGAAGGUGGAAAGUGAACUUGAUAAUAUUGAGAUCACUGGGUUACUUAGAAGAGAACAGAUAAAACAGGAAUUUGUGUCUUUUCAUGAGCUUCUGAUACAGGAAGAAGCAACAAUUAUAGAAAAGUUAGAUGAGGAUAUCCAAGAAAGAAGGGACCAUGUGAGGGGUACUUUGCAAACCAGUGUUGCAACUCUAGAAAGAGAGGAUGCAGUGCUCUCUACAACGGUUACAGAGCUAGUACAGUCAGAGAACGCUGCUCAAUUUAUUGAGGAUUGUGUAAUGGCAAAUGAUCUAUGCAGUAAGAUUGAUGAUACAGUAAGCAAAUUUGACAGAGCCUGGGCCAAAAAUUCUACAUACAGUAGAAGUCAAAUUCUUGACAACCAGUUUAGCAUGUUCCUUGAAAAGAAGCAACUCCUAGAAAAGCUUGAAAAAACAGAUACUUUACUUUUAUGCUCAAAUAUUCUUUUGGCUGAAGCAACGAAGAUAUCAGUUUUUAUUUUACCGACUACCUACAAAUGCCUGCUGUUCCUACCUCAACACAGGUCUGUUACACUGUGCAAGUACUAGUUAGUGGAAAGCUAGUGUAUGAAAAGAAAACGAGAGACUUUCGGGAUAUCAUUCUCAACACUGAAAGUACCAUAAGAUUUGUUGCGGGAAACCGGUACUUGUUGAAAGUAUUUCCAGCCUACAAGUGCUUUAUUAGCAGCAUAGAACAAUACAACAACGAAGGAAAUCCUACACAUUUGUUUAUUGUUACGGACUAUAUGUUCAAAGCUCAGUCACCAAAUUCAAAUGGUGAUAGAUCGUUAAUUAUGGCGAAUCAUCAAAGGCUGUUAUUACGUAAACAUCACAAAGAGCAGUCAUACAGAAAACUACGGACUGUUUACAGUUGUGCUAAGAAAAAGUUUGCUGUAAUAAAUACAGGAGAUCAAAAGUGGUUAAGCUGUAAACCCGGGGUAUUUAAAACAUGUAAAACGUUUGAACAACGCGAUAAUGAAGAUAACAAGUGAAAAGAGGCUAAAACAGUGGCUUUCUUUACGAAAGUAGCAAAAAAGAAAGGUUUUAAAGAACGCAAAAGUGGGGAGUCUGUUAGAAGAAAACCUAAAUGUAAAGACGCUAAGAAUGUAGGAACAAAUUUUUUCUGCAGUUAAGAUUUUUUUCAUACUCUGUAUAUAUACGAAUGUGUAUAUAAAGCAGCAUCGAAACUGGUCUUAUUGGGUUAGUGGACUUGCUGUGGUAUUUGCGUGUGGUGUAACAGGGUCUAAGGGUUCGCACUUACAAAACUACAGCAACAACAACAACUGUUCUUUUCAAUAACUACCAUUUAAUAUUCUACUAUUUUUUACGAUAAUAUAUGAACCUCAAUGUCUUUCUUCAUGACUCUUUAAUAUAGUCUCUGUUAUUUUAAAUAGUAUCUAAUCUUUAACAUAAAUACUUCAACGUUAAUUGCCCAUAUUCUAAGCUAACCUUUGGUAAUAUAUGCAGUAUCGAGCAUACGUAUCUAAAACCUAACUGAGUACCAGAAUGAUACUUAUAUCUCAAAACUUCUGCUUAUAAAAGAAAUGAUUUUGUGUUUUGAGUCGUGCGACAUGAUCAAAAGACUGGUUGCUCAUAAUUAUCCUGACGUGUAAAUUAUUCAGUCAGCUGUCAAAACGAUUAGUAAUUUUGAAACAUACGUUGCUAGACAAUGCAUAAACUGGGCGAAAGAAUGUAACCAGUCAGUUAUUACACACGACUAGUUUCUAGACCAGAAAGCUAAGUGAAAAGGAAUGUAAAUUAUUCUUCAAAUACAUGACUUAUUACUGACCGAAAAGCUAACUGAAAAGAAUGCCUUAAAACUGGAAUAAUGGAUUCUUUAAAACAUUAUACAACAUGCGCGCUCGUUUGUACUACUAUGUUGGUCUGGUAUAUUGUGGUGGAGAUUCAGUUCGAAUAAAUUCUCUCUAUCAUAUAAAAAUUUAUAAUGCGAACAUGUAUCCUAGCGAAUCUCACGUAUGUGAAAGUCAACUGUUCUGAAUUCAAUUAUAUCACUUAAUGUAAACUAUCCCUAUAUAUUCAGUGUAUCCUCGAGAUCCAGUUAACUUUCAGAAACAGAAAAUAUAGCUUCUCUGGUCCCAAUCAGUUAAAAAGUCUAAAAUGUCACUGCUGAUUUGUGAGACAUGAAAACAGCGAUUUGAGUAUGUAGGGAUAAUACACGUUUUUUUGUGUAUUAACGUCUGCAGAAGGCCGCGGGAUUGUUUGUGACCGAGACCGAAGGUCGAGGUCACAAACAUAUCCCAAGGGCUUCUGCAGGCGUUAAUACACAAAACAAACGUGUAUUGUCGCUAUUCUUGCAUAAAAACAUUACACGACGACUAAAUGCAUUAUUUUCAUAUGUGAUGACUUGACGAUUCCGGUGCAUUUUUUAUUUACCAUUCUUGAUGUUCUUGGAAACGGUAAACAUGUUUUAAAUAUCCCUAGCCGGGGCACACAUAACAACACUACUAAAAGCGUGAUUUGAAGGUUUUUGAGCAUCUUAUUUUUAUUUUUAGUUAUUACAAACGUUACAUUACACAUAAUUUUGCAUAUAACUAAACAAUUUGAUAAACAGGAACACAAUUAUUUUAAGAAUAACAACUUUACAUUCGAAUUAUUUUGAGUACGAACAAACAGAAUACGGAUGAGUACGAGGCUAGUGACUAGCUUUCGAGGUUUAUUAUAUGAAUUCUGCAAACAAUCAGGUAAAAAGAAACUGACUGAUACUAACAAAAACCAUUUAUAUAAUACCUAAAAACGGGCAAUAGCACAAGUUAAACGCGAUACUUAUUUAUUAACAGUUAUUUACAAUAACUGAACAGACGCUUUGUAAAGGGAGUAAACUCUAAGAGAAGCUAGAGCGUACAUUGAUGGGGGCAGUACGUUUGGGGUUGGAAACUGAUACAGCUAAACAUACUAUGGAUUGCAUUGUAUCUAUAAUGCUUCAAGAAGAGGUUAUUAUGGAAGAAACAAGAUGCAGAUGCCAAAUAUCAGUCUGCGCAGAAAUACAUACAUACGUCCCUGGCAAAGCAUUUCAAAAAUAAAAGUCAUGUAUUAACAGCACGUGAAUUGCCUUGUUUGCACACGA